AUGAAUAUGUUUUCUUUUGGGUUGUGUGCCAAAGCACGGCCUGCUUUACUAUUGAAAGGACCGUUUUUUCUGGCAGGUCCUGCAUACCAGGCAGCAACAUGUCGUCAAUUGUCUGCCCUCAACAGGGUGAAGAUUUCACAUGCAAACAAUCUGGCACUUGUCAUAACCAAACGACAGAUACAGUUUAAACCUUCGGAACGAAAACUUCCAGUGCAGCUGUCUCGGAACAACUGGGAUAAGGUACCCUCUGAUUUUGAGCUGGUUUACCAAAACAGCCUGAAGAACUGGAUCUGGGGAUAUUACAUAACCCAGACAGUUAUGGUCUCCGGUUGUUGCUUGUUUGCUUUUUACGAGUUACAGGAUCUGUUGAAUACGUUGUCCAAACGUGACCUCCAGCUCGCAUUUGUAUGCUGCAGCAUAUUUUUUUUAUCCUUUGCUUUUUACAACGUUUUUGCAUCACGCGCAUGUAUUAGGAUCUACUACAACUCUCAGACCGGACAGUUUGUAGCAGUGCGGAGAACUUUUUGGGGUCACCUGCGGAAAAUCUUUUAUACACCUUCAGAUGUUACUGUAUGUGACAAAAACAUUGGCGAUGCAGAGGCUAAAAUCAUAAUCAAGGUGAAGGGUAAAAAGUUUAAUCUGUUAUCAGAUGACUUUGAAUCACCUAUAUUCUUCAACAUGCAUUGUUAUAAUGCAGGAGAAAGAAACUAA